UGCAGUGCUGCCCGACGCAGCCUUUAUAUAGGGGCGGGGGGCGGUGGCGGCACUGCAUUGCAGGCGGGAGCGAUGGCGCCGGUCUUCCUUUGCUUCCUCGGGCUCCUGGUGGGCGCUGUGGCAAGCCCUGUUUUGUGGCAGAAGGACUGCGCGAAGGGUCCAGAGGUAUGGUGUCAGAGUGUUCGGACUGCAUCGCAGUGCGGAGCGGUGAAACACUGCCAGCAGAAUGUCUGGAAUAAGCCUACUGUAAACAGUAUCCCCUGUGACUUGUGUAAGGAACUUGUGACAGUGGCUGGCAAGGUUUUGAAGGAUAAUGGCACUGAGGAUGAGAUCCGCUCUUACUUGGAAAAGACAUGUGAGUUUCUUCCUGACCAAGGCCUGGUCUCUGAGUGCAAAGAAAUUGUGGAUUCCUACCUACCAGUUAUCAUGGAUAUGAUCAAGGAAGAGCUAGAUAAACCUGAAGUUGUAUGCAGUGCGCUCUCACUGUGCCAGUCCCUUCAGAAGCACCUUGCAGCAAUGAAACUUCAGAAACAGCUGCAGUCCAAUAAGAUACCAGAGCUGGAUUUUUCUGAACUGGCGUCCCCAUUUAUGGCUAAUGUACCUCUUCUCCUUUACCCUCAGGACAAACCCAAGCAGAAGUCUAAGGGAAGUGGGGACGUAUGCCAAGAUUGCAUUCAGCUGGUUACUGAUGUUCAGGAAGCUGUGAGAACAAACUCAUCCUUUGUAAAGUCUUUGGUUGCUCAUGCCAAGGCAGAGUGUGACCGCCUGGGACCUGGAAUGUCUGAUAUGUGCAAGAACUAUAUCUCUGAAUAUUCUGACUUGGCUAUCCAGAUGAUGAUGCACAUGGCUCUGUUCAGUAAAGCUGGAAUGUGUUUCUAUUUGCAAAACAUGAUGUUACUGGCUACUUUGAAGAAGCAACCAAAGGACAUUUGUGCCAUGGUUGGAUUCUGUCCUUCUGUGAAAUCAGUUCCCCUUCAGACUCUGCUGCCAGCCCAAGUGGUUCAUGAAGUCAAAAUGGAAACUGUGGAGAAAGCCUCAGUUCAAGAGAAAACUUUCUCCUUGUGUGAAAUAUGUGAGACCAUGGUGAAAGAAGUGACUGGCCUCUUGGAGAGCAACAAGACAGAGGAGGAGAUUGUACAUGAAAUGGAGGUCAUCUGCUACCUGCUCCCAGCAAGUGUCAAAGACCAGUGUAAGGACUUCAUUGAAGUCUACGGGCAGGCUUUGAUUGACAUGCUUUUGGAGGCAACGAAUCCUGAAGCUGUAUGUGUUAUGCUGAAAUGCUGUGCAGCCAACAAGCCUCCACAGCAGCCAGUUUUAGUGAAACCUGCAGGUGGCUUCUGUGAUAUCUGCAAGAUGGUGGUAGCUUAUGCAGACAAAGAACUCGAGAAGAAUGCCACGACAGCUGAAAUUGAGGCUUUACUGGAAAAAGUUUGUCACUUCCUGCCAGAGUCUGUCAGUGAUCAGUGUGUUCAGUUUGUAGAACAGUAUGAACCUGUGGUUGUGCAACUCUUGGCCGAGAUGAUGGAUCCCACUUUUGUUUGCACUAAACUUGGAGUCUGUGGAUCAGCUAAACAGCCUCUCCUGGGGGAUGAUGCUUGUGUCUGGGGUCCGGGUUACUGGUGUAAGAACAUGGAGACUGCUGCUCAGUGCAAUGCUGUUGAUCACUGCAAACGUCAUGUGUGGAACUAAAAGGAGAAUUUCCUGUUCUGAAAGUUUGCCGUGGCUCUUAAAAAUGUGGGCUGAGGUUGGCAGAGAGCUGUAUCUCAAAUGUCCCUCCUCUCUGCCUCCUUAACAAUUUGACCUUCAGGAUCCUUUAUUGUAACUCUUGUGUAGCAGUGCUGCUGUUGAAGGAUCAGAUCUUCAUUGUUGACUUAACAAAGAUACUUCUGAUUGUACAGUUUAACUCAUUAUGCUCCUAAAAAAUAGUCAGUGUGUUGUAGAUUUUUAAUUGAUAGGCCGAAGUGUUUUUUAGGUGCUGGGAAGAAUGGCAGAGAAGGUGAGAAGAGACAAGGCUAUUAUCUUUUAAUUUGAAAAGAAAAAGAACAAGAUAACGACUAAACUUUCGAAUGUCAGCAUUGGGAAGAUUACACGCUUUGCAUUUUUAACAUCUGGCUAGAAUAUUAAUUUCCUGUGUAAUGGUGGGAGAACUCUAAGGGACAAUGUUGAAUCUGGGAAUCCCUUUGGCUGGAAUUUUCAAAGCUCCACAGAUGCGGAGGAGGGGACUUUGUGUGCCCAGCUAACUUUCAAAGUAACUGGUACCUACAAAGAUCCAUUUGCAUUUGAGUGACUACACUUACUGCUCGUGGUGUGUAGCUAAGGAAACCCUCAACCUUUGAUCAUGUCCUUUUGAUUUCCUUGGACUACUUGGUCUAAGCAUGGGUGUUUCACUGUCAAGCCCUGUGCAGUGGGAUUUCAGUCUUUUGAAGCAUGCUGAUGUACUUCAGGAAUGGCUUCCCUUUCUUUCUUACCCUAGUUGCUCAAUUCUGCUUAGUCUUGCAGCUUCCUACCUGCAGCCAGCUGGGUGCCAAGGGGUGGAGCGAGCUGGGUCAGUAGAAGAUGGAGGAGGGGGAAAAGCCAGCAGGGACUGUGCAUAUGUCAGAGUUCAGCACAGAGGGCAGAAGGCGUAGAAAAAUGGUUUUUAUUGUAAACUGCCAGUUUGUUCCUUGAUCUGUGUUUCUCUCACAGCGUAUUUCAGUCAUCUCAGACUUCAGAGGCUUGCAGGCAGUUUCUGCUGCUGCUGCCUGUUCUCACUGACACUCGCCCUUUUGAGUAGUUCGAAGUCUGGUUUUUUUUCCAGAGUUCCCAUUUCUGUCGGGGAAGUGUGUCUGAGUAGCAAGCAGAGGUGGCAGGCACCGAGAGCGCUGUAGUAGGCAUUUGGCAGCUCUGCCGGCAUACCUGACAACCUGCCCUUCGUGCCUCUGCAGCAUUGCGCUGAAAGGGCCUGAACUUCUGGGUGAAAGCCUUCCAGGGCAGGCUGCUACCCUGAAACAAGUCGGGCCCUCGAGGUGUAGGGGCCGCGAGAAUGAGAAUCAUGCUUUACAUUGCCUGAGAAGGACCUUGCAUCCCCUACCAGCAUUUAGUGUGUAUUUCUGAUCAAGUUAACCCCCAAAACGGAGGCGUCGAAGUAGCUCUGAGGAGACCUUAGGGAAGGAGGAGCUGGGCAGAGGUGAAGCUUUGAAAAUUCCUGUUCUGUUCAGAAAGGUGCCGGCAGCUGCCACUGUUCCUGUGGUGUCUUGGGUGAGGCAGGAGCUCCAGUAACAACAUUUAGCAGCAAGCAAAGACAUUUUCAUGCAAUUUAAUGGAAAACCACUAGGCUGCAGCUUUUUUGUUCCUUAUGUGUACAUACUAAAUGUCUGGGCAGCAUCGACGGACAGCAAUACUGGUUUGUCCUUCCUGUGUGAUGUGUACAGAAUGCUGAAGCACUUGUGGCUUUCAAAAAACAAAACCAGUUUCCCCUAAAGAUGUAAAAUACCUGCAGCUUUCUGUCUCGGCAGGCUUGUGCAGUGGUUCCAGCAGUGUAUCGCAGUUGGGGUAGAUAUGCCAGAUAGGAAACGGGCUCCCUUCGGCAUCGCUGCCCUGGAGGUACGGUUCGUGUUACACCACGGCACAGAGUCCGGUAUUUGACCUUUUAAACUGGAUGGCUUCUCUUAACGUGCAAUUUUUUGGCGGGGAGGGGGGAGGUGGGGUGGAUUGAUGCUUGCUCUUACAGGUUGCCAAGGUUUUAAUUGUUCUGGGUUUUUUAGCAGCGAAGGAUUCAUGCUAGUGACCUGUUGGGGUGACUGGGUGAACUGGGGGAAAUCUCUUUAGUUAUCUGCCUUCCUGUGUGGACUGUGGCACCUGACCUGCUUGAGUUACGCUAGGGGGGGACACGUGCAGUUGCUUUCUGAAGAACAUUGUCUUGAUUUUUUUUUUUUGCACAAAAGCUUCCUUAAUGAACAAUAAAAACUUCUGUAAACCGG